AAAAGAACCAAAAUGGGGAAAAUAAGGUGAAUUUUGAUAAUUCCGAGGCUCCCUCUAUAUAUACUGAAAAAAUGCAGACUCUUCCGCAAAGCGAAGAUAGUCCAAUCUUGGAAGACGGUUCUCAUUCUUAGGAGCAAACGGAGCUAGACACAACCACUUUCUUCUCCAGUCUCCUUCUUUACUCAGACCAGUUACCCAAUCUCUAUUUAUUUCUUCCCAUAAAAUUAGGGUUCUCAAUUCUUUCCUUCUCUGGGAGAUAAAUUUGGAUUCUUUUUAGAUUUUUUGGCUCUCUGGCCGCAAGAUUGGGUUUGUUGGCUGUUUGGGUAGUGAAAAAAAUCUGAUUUUUGGGGCUUUCUGAAAGGAAGGUGUACACAGCAAUGGCUAGGUGGAAGAAGGGUGAGGGGUUGGGGUUAGGGUUGGUGAGGAGCCGCUCGUUUGGGAGGAAAAGAGUUGCCUUGCCAAUUGCUGCUGCUAUAAUGGAAGAAGAUGACCAUAAUGGAGCUUUCAUUUCCACCACCGACUCCUCCCCUCCAAAGAGACAUUGUUCCGAGGUUUCAUUUCCUGCUUGUCAAAAGUCUGUUCUUGAUGCUUUGCCUCAGGAUGUUCUGAUCAGAAUAGUUUGUGGGGUGGAACAUGAUGAUUUGAAGAGACUGUUUCAUGUGUCCAAGGGAAUCCGAGAAGCGACCUUGGUUGCUAAGAAGUGGCAUUUCGAGU